UCAAUAUCGAUUCAGACCUCCAAACCUCACACCUUCAAAAACUAGAGUAAAGUCUUAUACAACCAAAAGAUUUCUAAAACCAUAUAUGUCCAUGGAAACUGAAAGCUUCUCCAACUCAGACUGGGCUCUCUUGGAGUCGAUCCGCCAGCAUCUUCUUGACGACGAUUUCGAUACCCAGUCGGCAUUUUUUGCAGACUCUCCUUCUCAGAGUACUUCCAGCUCAAACUGCACUGAGAUAUCGAGCAGUAAUGUAGACAUAGUGGAGCAGAACAAUGCAUUCACUACUGAACUUGACGUGGCGGCGCGUGAUGACCAUGCGCCAUCGGCACCGAACCAUUUUAGGGGAGUGAGGAGAAGGCCGUGGGGAAAGUACGCGGCGGAGAUAAGGGACCCGAAAAAGAACGGGACGAGAGUGUGGCUCGGAACCUACGAGACGGCGGAGGACGCAGGUUUAGCUUACGAUCGAGCAGCUUUCAGAAUGCGUGGCUCCAAAGCUAAGCUUAACUUUCCUCACUUGAUUGGCACGCAUGAUAUGGAGGUGGGUCGUGUGCUUCCCAAGCGUGCCUCGCCGGAGCCGUCAUCUCCGUCGUCCACCAUGUCUUCCGAAGAUGGCUCGCCGAAGCCUAAGAGGAUGAGGAGGAGUGGAGGGGACUCCGCCGCGGCAAAAGCCAAGUUGGAUGAAGCUGCCGGAGAGGUUCAUGUGUUCCAAGUGGACUCAUUCACAUUUGGCGACGAAUUAUUGGUUGAAGAUAUGGUGCUUUUGUCGCCGUCUGAAUGCUCCGACAUUCUUUCUUUUUUAUAG